AUGUCACCUUACAGAAAUGGCUCCGCCUCCAUGGGAGUGUCAGACUUCCUCCUGAACUGUUUUAUCAGGUCCCCCAGCUGGCAGCUCUGGCUGUCCCUGCCCCUCAGCCUUCUCUUCCUCCUGGCCAUGGGAGCCAAUGCCACUCUCCUGAUCACCAUCUGGUUGGAGGCCUCUCUGCACGAGCCCAUGUUCUACCUGCUUAGCCUCCUCUCCAUUCUGGACGUCGUGCUCUGUCUCACCGUUAUUCCAAAGGUCUUGGCCAUUUCUGCCAGACUCCGUUACUGUGAGAGAAAUGUUACUGAGAACUGCAUCUCUGCCAAUAUGUCUGUCUCCAAGCUCUCCUGUGAUGAUAUCACGAUCAAUCGCCUCUACCAGUUUGCUGGAGGUUGGACCCUGCUAGGAUCUGACCUCAUACUUAUCUUCCUCUCCUACACCCUCAUACUGAGAGCUGUGCUGAGACUCAAGGCAGAGGGGGCUGUGACCAAGGCCCUAAGCACAUGCGGCUCCCACUUCAUUCUCAUCCUCUUCUUCAGCACCAUCCUCCUGGUCUUUGUCCUCACUCACAUGGCUAAGAAGAAGUUCUCCCCUGAUGUGCCAGUCUUGCUCAAUGUCCUCCACCAUGUCAUACCUGCAGCCCUCAACCCCAUUGUGUAUGGGGUACGAACCCAGGAAAUCAAGCAAGGAAUCCAGAGACUACUGAAGAAAGGGUGGUGGUAA